GAACACACUGCAUUGCAUUGCAUUGCUCCUGCUCGACUCGCGACAAAACACGAUCCGUGAUAGCAUUCCUCCCAUCCGUAUCACUCGCAACGCAACGUCCACGAAAUACAUCUCACGCUUACGAGCUUGCCCGGAGAAACAUCCAUUGAACCAACACUUCCAUUCUCGACCAUUCGAGACGGCGAGCGACCCCAACGCUACUGGCCUCACUCUCCUCUCGCCCACGUCGCGGCCUUGUCCCUCCCGCACAACCACAGCCAUGCCCACCCUCUGGCUUUCCGACCAACAAAAAUUCGGCGUCGCCUUCUGCACCGGCGGCACAGCCUUCCUCCUCCUCGGCCUGAUCCUCCUCUUCGACCGCUCCCUCCUAGCAAUGGGCAACAUCCUCUUCCUAAUCGGCAUAACCCUCCUCCUCGGCCCCUACCGCACACUCGCCUUCUUCUCCCGGCGACAAAAAUGGCGGGGAACCCUCGCGUUCUGGACCGGCGUCUCUCUCAUCUUGUUGAGGUGGCCGUUGGUGGGAUUUUUGGUGCAGAUCUACGGCAUGUUCAUUCUGUUUGGGGAGUUUUUCAAGACGUUGGCCGGGUUCGUGUAUGGUGUUCCGGUGGUGGGACCGGUGCUCGCGAGGGUGUUGAGUGCGGCGGGGGAUAAGGCU